GGUGAUAAGCUCUUUACCGGGGAAAAUUUCCGUCACAGCCGUCUCGUUCCCUCUUCACCUACGGCCUCUCCCGGUCAUCACCGACCUUGCCCCUCCAUCGUUUAUCAUCCGCAGUACAAAAUAAUAGUCUUGACCCACUGCCCCCCACAAUAUCAAUAUCCUCAAUUUAUCCUCCCUACACCACACAACAACACAUCCACAUCCGCAACUACAAGUACUCUGCUCCACCCUUGCUUUGGCGCCCCUUCCUCCCUACCCUACAAGCUCCACACACACCUCCAAAUAUCGCAGUCCCAGCCCCACGCACGCACACACCCACAUAUGGCCACCAUGUCAAAUCCAAUAUACGCUUAUCGAGAAUACCUCCACCUCCUCCCUCACCUCUUCUUUGUAAAGGUCGAGAAGCAAUUCCCGGGCGAGGCAUGCAUAGCUUGCGACGACACACUCACCCACCAGCUCUUCGAGUGCAACACGUGCACGCUGCGCCUGUGCGAGCCUUGUCGGGACCGAAUCGUGGAUAGGUACCACCUGGGCUCGCUGACAAAGUUGGUACAGAACGUGGCGGGCUGGAAGAUUGGUUAUCAGAGCCCGAUAGCGAUUGGGCAGCAACAGCGACAGUUCCAACAGCAGCAACAGCAGGAGCGAAUUGGAGGAGUGUUAGAUAUCAACCACCAGACAUUGCUCAUGAUGAUGCAGGGGGAGCACGGGCAACAGCAAUUACAGUACCAGCCCCAGUAUCAGAUCCACCACCAACAGCGACAAGAGCUUCAGCGUAUACAACAGCAGGCGCAGCAGGAGGACCUGGGAGGGCAGCAAAUGAUGUUACAAAUGGACAGCGGAUUAAGGACCCAACGAAAAUUUCUGGAAAUGAUGCAGAAGAUUCAGAGUGAGAUCGAGAUGGAGGCGGAACUGGAGAAUAUGAAUAGCGUGUCGGGUGGGAUGAGGGGGAGGGGCCCAAUGGGUGGGAGUAGUUGAUGGUCGGUGGAGAUCUGUGGAUACAAUAUUGGGGGGACUCUUUUUUUCUUCUUCUUCCCCUUUUUACCUUGCACCUUGCGCGCGGGCAUGCACGACGCGAUAGCUGGGUAAGUGGGUGGGCGGUGCCACUGCUUACUUGCUUGCUUCCGGCUUCCGGGCUGAAAUGGGCUGAAGUGGAAUUCGCUUCUCACGGUCAUGGUACAGUACUGCCGGCACUACACUUUCCAUUCCCCUUCCCUCUCCCCCACUUUUUUUUCCUUCCCUCCUUCAGUUGAGCGUUGGUACGGAGUUCGGUUGUAGGGUUACAGUGGUCUCAUUUCACUUUAUUUCUCUUGGUUUCAAAAAAGUCCUAUUUUCGUUUAUUUGUUUGGCUCUACCGGUAGCUCACAGUAUCCGAAAGGUUGACUUAAUAUGCAGUUGCUAUUAUUCUCUUUUUUUUU